AUGCAGGAGAAGAGAAAGGAUCCGAAGAAUCGAGAAAAGGAGAACCAACAAAAAUCACAAUACAUGCAGGAAAGGAGAAAGGAUCCGAAGAAUCGUGAAAAGGAGAACCAACAAAAAUCUCAGCACAUGCAGGAAAAGAGAAAGGAUCCGAUAUUGCGAGGAAAAGAAAACCAGAAGAACAAAGUUCAAAUGCAGAAUCAACUUCUACCAGAUCAUCUACCCGGUGCAGCUGCGGCACCACGAGAAGAUGGGCAUCUCAACGCGAGAGGUCGGCGCCAAGUAUCCACAACCACGAGGACGUUCGAGGACGGGAAACAUUUUCAUCGAACAUCACUUUUGAUAAAAGCUUUUAAUCAUAAAUUUCGGUUAGAUUUGGAAUUAAAUACACAAUUACUAGCUCCUAAUAUUGUACAGAAACACUAUCUCCCUAGCGGGUUCGCGCAAGAUUCACAUCGAGAAAUUGAGCACUGCUACUACCACGGUACGGUGAAGGACUACCCGGGAGCUAGUGCCGCCUUCCACACCUGCAACGGCGUCAGCGGUGUGAUACACGUCGGGAACGAAACGUUUGUUAUACAUCCAUUUUACGGGGGCGAUCUAUCGAAACAUCCACAUGUUAUCUUCGAGGCACGUACAAAAUCAAACAAGGGCUGUGCUAAUUCCGGCAACCUGGAGUGGCGGACGCGGAACGUCCGCCGCCAGCAGCAGGCCGGCCACCACUCGGGCCUGGUGGAGUCCCGGGACGCGAACGGUGCCGGGCGGUACCGGCGGGACGUCCGCGACGCCACCAAGUACAUCGAAACGGCGCUCAUCAUCGACAAGGCGAUGUUCCAGAAGCGCAACGGCAGCACCCGGGCCGAGGUCGUGCACGACGCCAUCCAGGUGGCCAACAUCGCCGAUCUGUACUUUCGUACGCUCAACACGCGCGUAUCGGUUGUGUAUAUAGAGACGUGGCAGGGCCAGAACCAGGCCAAGAUCGACGGUGGCCAGGAUAUUAGUAAAGCAAUAUCUAAUUUUAAUGAUUAUACAGCUAGGAAUUUAUUUAAAAUAGAUAAGGACACGACGCAGCUCCUAACGGGCGAAACGUACGCGGGCGGUGAAGCCGGCAUGUCCGUGCCGGAAACCGUCUGCACGCCCAAGGCCGUAGGCAUUAGUGUAGAUAUCAAUACGUACGAGCCGCAUCUGCUCGCGGGGACGAUGGCGCACAUGAUCGGCCACAACAUCGGCAUGGGUCACGACGAUAACCGUGACGAGUGCAUUUGUCGUGACUGGCACGGCUGUAUAAUGUCCCAGUCAAUUGUCGGCCUGGAGAACGUCCAGCCGUAUAAAUUCUCCGAAUGCAGUCGAUUGGAUUAUAUUGAUGCACUGCGGAUCGGGCACGGUCUCUGUUUAUUGAAUAAACCAAACGAGGUAAGGUUCGGACAUUCAUGCCAAACAGCUGGGUUUUUUUUUGUUGCUUCUCAGGGUGGAUAAUAGG